AUGUCGAGUAAUGCUGCGUAUGCGAUGCCGCAAGUGAAAACCACCUCCAAAGCCUCGAAAACUACCUUCCAUUUCGUAGCCGGUCUGUGCUCCGGCCUCACCUCCUCGAUACUUCUACAACCCGCCGAUCUCCUUAAGACUCGAGUUCAACAGUCCCACCAGACCGCUGCUCUUCUACCUACCCUGAAAGCCAUCCUCUCCUCUCCUCAUCCGAUCCGCGGGCUAUGGCGAGGCACGCUCCCAUCAGCUCUCCGCACGGGUUUCGGAUCCGCGCUAUAUUUCACCAGUCUCAACGCCCUACGACAGGGUGUAGCGCAGACGUCGACCCCCGUUUCUCCCCACGAUAACGGCAAAGGCACAGUGGUCUCGUCGUCAGCACUCCCCAAGCUCUCCAAUUCAGCCAACCUGGGUACGGGCGCCGCCGCUCGGGUAGCGGCAGGGUUUGUGAUGAUGCCGGUUACGGUGCUCAAGGUGCGAUACGAGUCGGAUUACUACGCAUACCGGAGUCUGUACGGCGCAGCGCGGGACAUUGUUCGUACAGAAGGGAUGCGGGGCUUAUUCUCCGGAUUUGGGGCCACGGCCGCACGAGAUGCGCCCUAUGCGGGGCUCUACGUGCUCAUUUAUGAACAGCUGAAGCGACGUCUCGCUUCGGUGGUGCAUCGGGGAAGUGCAGAUCAACAGUCAUCGAUGUCGCCCUCGUCAUCCUCGUCAAUUAACUUCGUCUCUGGAGGAUUGGCCGCUGGUCUGGGCACGACAAUCACUAAUCCUUUUGAUGCGGUCAAGACGCGGCUUCAGCUCAUGCCUGGUAAAUAUGGGAAUAUGAUGCGAGCGGUCCGCUUGAUGAUUCAUGAGGAUGGGGUGCGGAGCUUGUUUGGUGGUCUUGGCCUGCGCAUCACGAGAAAGGCGCUCAGCUCUGCGCUCGCUUGGACCGUAUAUGAAGAACUGAUCCUUCGUGCGGAGAAGCAUUGGGCUGCACAAGGUCAUGUCCAUGUAUAA